CGUCAGCUUAAAGACUACAGUGUACACGCGCUGACAACCGUAAACAUCCGCCCUCCUAAAAUGACCGCCUCCAGCCCGGAAAGCGCCUCGGUGUCAUUCUCUCUCAUACAGCCUUUCAAGGAGGUGCUCGUCUGCAAUUAUAGACAGUGAGAUACGGUAAGAGCGGACUCAAGGCCAUCCUCUUCAGCAGCCAUGCCACGCAUAGAAAAUGAUAUCAAGCUCGACUUCAAGGACGUGCUCCUUCGACCCAAAAGAAGCACUCUCAAAUCUCGCAUUGAGGUGGAUCUCAUGCGCAGUUUUACGUUCAGAAACUCAAAGGGCAGUUACCGUGGGAUUCCCAUCAUAGCUGCCAACAUGGACACCGUGGGGACUUUUGAAAUGGCCUUAGUCUUACAUCAGUUUAGUCUCUUUACAGCCAUCCAUAAGCAUUAUGAUGUGGAUGACUGGAAGGAGUUUGCAGCCAAGCACCCAGAAUGCUUACAGAGUUUAGCAGUCAGCACGGGGACGAGUGAUGGGGACUUUGAGAAACUGGGGGCCAUCGUGGCUGCUGUGCCUCAGAUUCAGUACAUAUGUGUGGAUGUGGCCAAUGGCUACUCUGAACACUUUGUCAACUUCGUCAAAGACGUGAGGCAGAAGUUCCCUACGCACACUAUCAUGGCUGGCAAUGUGGUCACAGGAGAGAUGGUCGAAGAGCUGAUUCUUGCUGGUGCUGACAUCAUCAAAGUGGGCAUUGGACCAGGUUCUGUGUGCACCACUCGUAAGAAGACUGGUGUGGGUUAUCCUCAGCUGAGUGCAGUGAUUGAGUGCGCUGACGCUGCACAUGGCCUGGGUGGACACAUCAUAUCUGAUGGGGGAUGCACCUGCCCAGGCGACGUCUCCAAAGCAUUUGGGGCGGGAGCUGACUUUGUGAUGCUGGGAGGAAUGCUUGCUGGCCAUUCUGAGAGUGGGGGCGAAAUCAUAGAGAAAAACGGCAAGAAGUACAAACUGUUCUAUGGCAUGAGCUCAGACACGGCCAUGAAGAAGCAUUCAGGAGGCGUAGCAGAGUACAGGGCGUCAGAGGGUAAAACAGUUGAAAUGCCUUACAAAGGGCCUGUGGAGGCGACCGUGAAAGAUGUGCUGGGUGGAGUUCGUUCCAGCUGCACAUACGUGGGUGCUGCUAAGCUGAAAGAGUUGAGUCGUCGUACCACCUUCAUUAGGGUGACCCAACAACUCAACACAAUAUUUGGUAAUGAUAAUUAAGCCAGUACUAAGGUCUAACCAGGUCCAUAUUUGGCCAAAUUAUGCCAAAUCCAUGCAAAGGUCAUUUUAUUCUCUCUGCAGUCAGAUGAACACACAUGCAUAUUCACACGUAAACCUCACAUCAUCAUUUAGUGUUUUUGGGCUUGCACAUAAGCUUUUGAAUUCAAAGGCUUUCCCCAGAUGUUGUGGUUUAGGUCAUAGCCUUAAAAUCUUGAGUUUGUUCUCUGUUCAUUUGUCUAAGCAACAUCUAUUAGAGCCUUAUAUUUUAUCCAGAAAUACUAUCAGCUACUAUUUUAGACCUUGUUGUAGAUUUUUUCACAUGAAUGUCCAUGCCUAAUGUCUUCUAUUUAUAUGACAUUUCUGGGAUUUUCUGAUAACAUUCUGACUCUGACUCAUUCUGUUCACUGGACCAAUGCAGAUCCUUGCAAGGAUUAUUAAAGUAUUAGCGGUCUAUUAUACAAUAUGCUAAAGACCUCUGUUAUAAACAACCAUUAUAUGAAAUACAAUAUAUUUGAAGACCAAGCAAGGGUAUUUUUUACCCAUUUAAUGGUUUCUCCUGUGUUUAUAUGUAACAAAUGCAGUGGUAUUACACAAUCUUUUGAAGUCUUAAUUGGUUCCUGUAUAAGUAUUGGCAUGAUUUUAUGCAUUUGAGCUUGGUUUGAUCAUUAGACAUACUGCAUACUUAAAAUUGUAAUACUUAACUCUUAAUUAACCUUCAUGAUUUGAUUGUAUUUUUUGUUAUUAAUUUCAUACUUUUGGCAUUCCAUUACAGUUAGUGUCCUCAUUUCUUGUAAUUUAAAGUUGCUGCUGGAGCAGAUGUGAAUUAAUGUUUAAGAAAUAAAUUUUCCCCCACUUAACAUAUUUUGCUAAAAACCAAAAGAUCCCUAUUUGCUGAUGAAUGGGCAGUUCAAUUUGAUCAGUAUUGAUAUUAAUCUAUUUUUAACAUGCUGUUACAUCAAAUUUUGUUCCUUAUAUUUCAAUGCAGUUCAAACAUCUCUGUACUGUAUUGUGAAAAUAAAUCAUUUAGAUGAUCACUGAAAAA